AUGAAAGUGUCGUCUUAUCACGAAGAAGAAUAUCUAGCAAAAUCAUCUUAUCAUGAAGAGGGAGAAGAAUAUCUAGAAGGAUCUACUUAUAUUAGAGAAGGAGAAGAAGAAUAUCUAAAGGAAACAGAAACAGACAUCGAUAUAAUUAAUAAAAUGUGUGCUUACUUAAAUAAAAAGAGGAUUUCAAGUGCUUUAGAAAGUCCUUCAACUUUUUAUCGUCCGACAAGUGGAGAGGAUGAAGAUCGGCUACAUUGUGUACAUCUCAUGUUAAAAUAUGCUUGGAAGUAUAAUUUUGCCGCACCUAUCAAGGGUUUAUUAUGCUCAGAUGCGGGUGCUAAAGUCCUUGACGUCGGAUGUGGUUUGGGUAUCUGGACAUUAGAAAUGGCAUCAGAAUUUCCUUUAGCAAAAUUUUAUGGGAUUGAUUCAGUAUCAUAUUUUCCUGAAUCAGUUUCGCCCAAGAAUGUCGAGUUUUUGGAAGCGAAUAUCCUUUAUGGCCUCCCAUAUAAAGAUGCAGAAUUUGAUUAUGUGUUUGCAAGAGAAUUGAUAUUUGCAUUUCAACCAUCCGAUUUUGAAAAUAUCGUAAUGAAAGAGAUAUUACGAGUUGUCAAACCUGGAGGAUACAUAGAGUUUGUUGAAUCAGAACUUGAAGGUCACAUUUCGACUAAAGCAUUGCUCCGUUGGAAUAAUGAAGGAAUGAAACCGUGGAUUAAUUCUCUGAACAUCGAUACAACAAUUAACUGUCGUCUUCAAGAAAUUUUUACAAAUACAAACCAAUUAAAAAAUAUAUCAGAACAAAGGAUAAAAAUUCCAUUCGGUAGAAGUAAUGAUUUUGUCGGGGAAUUUGCCGCUGAAACUACCAUGCAAUAUAUAAAAUCUAUGGCUGAAUUAUUAAUUCCAUUCAUGAAAUUAACGCAUGAAGAGUAUUAUAACUUGACUAAAGAGAUUGAUAAGGAAUUCAGAGAUGAAAAAAGUGCCAGUUACUUUUGGAAUCGAAGAAUUACUGCGAUGAAAAUUUAA